GCCUUAAAAAGGUUCGAUCACUGAUCAGCCUAGUAGUUGGUUUACGUUGUUCGUGAGCACCGAGACAAAGAUACCGCCGAUAAUUCUGGCCACGAUUACAACUGAAGAAGAAUAAUAUCACCUUCGAGUUCCGAGUGUGUGGUGGGGUCGAAUCCCACCACGUUUACCACACAUUUUGCGAUCUUAAUCGUCGUAAUAGCGAUCCUACACGCGCGGUUCUUCAAUUUUUUAGACUACUGAGCUACCUAGGACAGAUUGCUCCGUCGUUUCAUUGGUUCAAUGAGAACUCUUAUCAAGCUUGGCGUCAGUGGAUGAAGAGAGAAGAACGUUUCAAGAGGCAUUGACGGAAGCAAGAUCGUCCCGUGUGAAUGGCUUUCCUGAUAAGUCCUGUGAAACAGCAAGGAGUUUCCAUCUGCUGGUCAUCGAACAUCAAAAAGGCGGCUGUUCAUCGAUACUCCCAAGUAACUAUGCGUGCUCUGACUGAACACUGAACCAAAAAUAAGUAAAUAGCGACGACAAAGACUACAAUCAAAAAAGAAUUGAAUUUGGGUCGCAAAUUUAGAGACCUAUAGCAAGAACAAUAGAUUUUCACUGGGUCGUGUGGAAAAAAAAACUGACCGAGAAAUUGCACACUAAAACCUUCCAGACUGAAUUCUUGUUUCAAGCAGUUUCAUUUGACAGCCUACCAAAAGCCUACCAAACUAAAAAUGAAGGAUAUUAAUGAUUCGAGUAUUUUUACGAACAUGAGCACCUUAAUUGCAAACUCGUCCAAGGACCACGACGCUGCGACUCAAGCUUUGAUUGAAGUUUAUUUAAAAUUUGAGCUGGCUUCCGUGGUUUUCCUCGUCCUUCUUGCUGCCGUAACCAUACCAACGAACAUCUUACUUCUGAUGUUGAUUCGUAUGGAUCCUCUAAAGUGCUUCAAUAAGCCGACAACCCCGUUUAUCGUAGGACUAGCAGUCGCCGAUUUGUUGACCGGGCUAACAACGGAGCCGUUUUUCGCCAUCUAUUACUACGCGCGCCACAUCAGCCCUUCAAGAACAGUCAGCCCAGGAGUUCUGCUUCUUUAUCGAGCUGGUCAGUUCGCUUCUACUGUGGCUAUUAGCUCAUCUUUCCUUAUUGUUCUAGCUUUGUCUUGGUCUCAGUACAUUGCUGUAGCCUUCCCACAUCGUUAUUCGACCUUGAUCACUCGCAAACGAGUAACAGUGUGCGUAUGUGGAAGCUGGGUGUACUUCUUUUGUUUCUCUCUCCUUCAGUUUGCCAAGAUUGACCUGAUUAGUUUCCUAAAAGCCGACCUAGUGCUGCACCCGACAUUGAUCUCAGCCGUGCUUCUUAUAACGAUUAUUCUUCUCUAUAAAUCGUUCCAACAAGAAAUCCAGAGAAAAAGAAGUUUUGCAGGUCGUUCUAAAAACGACCACGAAAACAGAGCGCGUAAGGAGGCAGAAAACAUAGAGCGGCAGUUCACUAUUGUAACCAUCUACCUAGCAGGGAUCCUCCUAGCUUCUGCCUUGCCACAUAUGGUUAUACAGUACGUCUUCCUCUACGGUACCUUCUCUGUACGCGGCCAUAUGUAUUUGUCAAUCUGUCUUCGCGUAAGGGAUUUGCUGUUGUUUCUAAAAGUCGCUUUGGAUGCGUUCAUAUACGCAUGGAGGCUCAAAACCUACCGCCAAACUUUCCAACACACUGUGAAGUGUUGUGUGUUUAAGAGAAAAGACAAUGGAGGGAAUUCCCUCAUUAUCUGACUGCAUCAUUGCGUCCUUGAACACUUCUAACGCGACACGCGGGAGAGAUCUCGCAAUAUUAUGAAAAAGCCGAGCUACAAAAAAGCCUAAAAAACAGCGAUCCGGGUUCGUAUCCCGGACUCAGUAUCAUAUCAUAUGUAUAAUACUCUUUGACCCAUAUAUAUAUAUAUAUGCCGUUAAAAUUUCAUAAAACUUGCUUACUGGGAAAAGCUUUAAAAAUAAUGAACCAUAGACUGAGAGCUAUUUCCACUGUGAAGUUAAUUGACUUGUGAACUUGACUUCAGGAAUCAUUGAUUUUGAAUUGAUAAAUGAUUAUAAGGAAAACACCCGUCGCAAGGACGUUUCGCGGGAGCCCGAGUGUCCUCGCUUCAUGUGCUCUUGUUCUGGAAGCCAAAAGUGAAGCCGAUCUGAUAAUAUGGAUGCACACUGGUAAUCGGAUUAUCAAAAAAAAUCGAAAAACAUCAAAGAACAUUUUCAUGCUUGCCAGUUCCCUACGAAAUACGAAAGGAAGAUUUAAUUUUUUUAAUGGAAACUGCGGACGAAAAAGAUGACGAAGACGUUGACUCAAUCGUGGGAACUCAAGAAUGCGAGUGGGGGUGUCCAGGUGCUCAAACCACUCCAUAAAAUUCCACAAACAAGACCGAACGUUCUAAGAAAACAAUUUAAAUCGAGUACCUUAUGAAAAUAUUUUGAUUCAGCGGGUAAUUGUUCAAGGUUAGAUUUGAUUUAUGUGUUUUCAAAGCCGUCUAAGUGUUGUCCGGCCGUUACGUACUUAAAAAUAUCAUUGCAGUUCACGUACCAUGACGCUACCUACUUAUGAAGAUAUAUACCAUGUAGUAUAAUCUUUGAAAUAUUAGGUUCUUGAUAAUUCAUGAUUAAGUCGUAGGACUGCGACAAGUUCGAGUUUCUUUUUCGUAAAAAUAAAAAAAAAAAAAAA